AUCAUGUCGGAAAGCGACCAAGAACUGGUUGAUGCGGUAUGUUUUAUGUAUCUUAGAGGACAGACAGAUUUUCUAUACGAAGAUAGUAAGGAAUGCUCAAUCUCAGAUCCACUCAUUACUAUGCAGUCAGCUUCGUCCCAAAAUAAUAGCAGCAUUGUACGAGAAGAUGCUCUGCUAUUACUAAAAAAAUUCUUUGGUCAUGACAGUUUUCGACCUUUACAAUGGACAAUAAUUAAGAAUGCGCUCGAUGGGAUAGAUCAAGUUGUAGUAAUGUCUACAGGUUUCGGAAAAAGCGUCUGCUACCAGCUACCAUCUUUGUAUACUAAAAAGUUGACUAUCGUUAUAUCUCCCCUAAUUUCUCUCAUGAACGACCAAGUGGAAAACGUCAGCGAAAAUAAUUCGGAUGAACAGCAUUCAAUUCUUGAAUCGAGUAGCCUGCGUUUACUUUACAUUACUCCUGAAUUUGCUCUCCACAACAGCUCUUUGCUGAAAUCUAUUCGUAAAAAUGUUUGUUUGUUAGCUGUUGAUGAAGCUCAUUGCGUUUCUCAGUGGGGACAUGAGUUUCGCCCUAAUUACCGACGCUUAGCUGAAGUUCGUCGUAUUUUCAAUGGAAAGGUUCCGGUAAUGGCUCUAACAGCUACUGCAACGCAACAAGUUAAAAUGGAUAUUGUUAAGAAUUUGGAACUCCACCAACCAGUCAUCACAUGUGCAUCACUUGAUCGGCCGAAUUUAUAUUUGUCUGUGCGCAGCCCAGCAAGUUUGAAAGAGUUAUUAAAUUUACUCACUAAUGAAGAUGAAAAAAACGGAAAACAUUUUAAUGGAUCAACAAUUAUUUAUUGUUCUACUCGUACUCUGGUCAACGAAAUUUAUGAUACAUUAUCUAAAACAGGGGUCAAAUGUGCACGAUAUCACGCUGGAAUGUCUGUGGUAGCACGGCGUAAAGCACAUGAAAACUUUGUUAAAGAUCGUAUAACAACAAUGAUUGCUACAGUGGCAUUUGGUAUGGGAAUCGAUAAACCUGACGUUCGCAAUGUCAUACAUUAUGGAGCUCCAAAAAAUAUCGAAAGUUAUUACCAAGAGAUUGGAAGAGCAGGACGUGAUGGAUGUCCCAGCAUGUGCAUCGUGCUUUAUAAAGAUCAUGAUUUAGUUAAACAUCGUUUGCUUUUAUCUCAUUUUGGUGAAUCUGUGAAAAAUAGUUAUCCACGUGCAAGAUGUUGUGAUGUUUGUGAUAAACUGAUUAAUUUGGAAAAUAAUGAUGCGUUACUAUUACUUCGAGCCGUUGAAGUUUUUCAAGGUUACACUGGUCUUGGGAAAAUUAUUGAUUUUUUGAAAGGAGUAAGGUUUCUUAUUCAAGUUUCUUAUUCAAAACAGUUUAGUUACAAAUUUCAUUUACAGAGUGAUGCAGCUGAACAGCGAGGUGUAAGCGAGGGAACUAUUACUUCGUAUUUUGUAAAUUUUGUUAAAAAUGGUCUUCCGAUUCAUUUGGAUGCUAUUGAUAUCAAUAAACAACAUUUGGACACCGUUUUCAAUAUUCUUCGGUUGAAACCCAUAAUGGAGAAAUUGCCAGAAAAUUUCAUCGAUUACAAUCGUUUAAAGAUUAUUUUCGGUAUCUUGGAAUAUGAAUACGGUGUCACAGAAAAUUCAGAGAGAUCGUCAUGUACUUCAACUUCAUCUGAGAUUGCUGUGAAGCGAAACAUACCAGAGUGGAUGAAAACACAUGUUGCGCAUUCUGUGGAAGCUAAAAAAAGUAAAAAAUCGAAUUUGUUCAAAUGA